AUGGCAGACCCGCUCAACCUGAGCCUGGAAGACGACGAACCGACGCCCGUCCAGGAGAAGAUCUUCGCCAUCCUCAACGACGUCCUGCAACCAACCAGCACCAACAGUCUGGACGACGCCGCCAGAGCACUCGACAACCUCCACCCAGAAAAGCGCCCUGACGAGCCUGGCCAGGAGAAGGAAUCCCCCGACAGCUUCAUCUACUCCUUCUUCCAGCCCUUUCACACGGUAGCAAGGCAGAUCCCGCAUCGACACCCGGCCCAAGACAAGCUGGCCGAGCUGGUCAAGACCCUCCGGGAUCUGCCCUCUCGACCGGUUCACAUCGCAGAAUGGGGGAAAUUUGAGCUCUGGAAGAGUCUGCCGCUGUUUGGCGAGACGUUCAGCGAUGCGUAUGAUAGCGAUCGCAGCAAGCCACUCGACCCGGCAGUCAAGAACCAGCGUAAUCUGAAUUUCCAGAGCUAUGGCGCCCGCCUGAUGGGCAACGGCACCGUCCCCAACGACCGGUACUGCAUCUGGGCGCUGGCCGACGCUCUGGAGGGCCGGUACGACAGCGGCAAAGGCCGUCUCCGCCAGAUCCUCACCGACCCAACGGCCGAUCCGGAGGUGGACAUCCACGUCGCCAUUGCGGCCGAGUGGAUCGCGCAUGCAGGUCAUGUCAUCUACCGGAAGGGUCCGACCGUGGGCGGGGAUUACCAUGGUCCGCUGGUCAAGGGUCCCGGGAAGACGGCCUUCAGUCCGCAGCGGUGGAAGCUGUGGAAGGAUCGGCUGGUUGAGUUCAGUGAAUGCGACAAGCUCAGUGAGGUGACGAGGAAGAUAGCCCGGGAUGCCGUCCUCAAGAUGGAGGAGAUCGAGAAGGACGGGACGGGCGAGAAAUGA